AUAAACACCAACGGAUUGGUGUCUUUCGACGGGCCCCCGAAGGAGCAGGAGUACCUGGGGAAGAUGCCUGCCGGUUUCGGAAUGAUUGCAGCGCUGCUCGGAGACCUGGAGGACAGCGACGGACAGGGAAAGGUCCAUUUCAGGUGGGACAGCAGCCCGGAGGUCCUGAGCCGAGCCGCGGAGUACGUCAGCCGAGCUUUCCCCAGAGACGAGGGGGUGGAGCCCACCGCCGCCCUGGUGGUCACCUGGGAAAACAUGGCCGCCCGGGGGACAACCGGGCGAGGAGACGGAUUGGGCACAAAGAGAAACACCUUCCAGCUGGUGGUGGCCUCCAUGGAGUCGUCCUCCUGCGCCAUCCUCUUGUAUCCCCGGAGCGGUCUGCAGUUUGUCUCCACGUCGGUAGGGGGCGAGAACAAGCUCCUCGAGGCCGGCUUCAACCAAGGCCUCGUGGCGGGUUGGUUCUGGAAGGACUCGCAGGGGACUUACUUCCGCACCACCACAGACGAGGAGACCUCCGUCAGGGACCUCGCCGAAAAGACAAACUCGGGCCAGAAUGGAGUUUGGGUGUACGAGAUCGGCUCCUCGCCGUUCUUUCAUGCCAUUGCACCAGGAACGGUCACUGGCUUACUUGAAGAGGAGGAGGAAGCCACCACGCCUGCUGUGGAGGUGACUCCGACCGAGUAUCAACCCAAAUACCCAGAACCUGAGAGCAUCACUCCAGGGUACACCGAACCGAAGACUGAAGAUUAUGAAGGACCUGGUCAAUCUGAACCUGAGUACCCAGAACCUGAGACCAUCACUCAAGGGUACACCGAGCCGACGACUGAAGAUUAUGAAGGACCUGGUCAAUUUGAGCCUGAGUACCCAGAACCUGAGACCAUCACUCCAGGGUACACCGAACCGACGACUGAAGAUUAUGAAGGAACUGGUCAGUUUGAGCCUGAAUUCUCUGAAUCGGAGACAGUCACUCCAGGGUACACCGACCCCGAAAGGGCUGAACGAAGAUACCCAGACCCUUCUGAGCCGAGGUACCCCGACUCUGAGCCUUCCCAACCCAGAUAUCUGGACCCUGAAACCAACGAGCCGAGAUACUCUUCAGUCGACCCGACGCACCCCGAUCUAGUCCAACCGUAACCGCGCCAUUCCCGGCCCCAGCAACCCCAGAUCGUCGUGGUAGACGAGGAGGAAGCUCUCGAUGUGACCGUUUUUGCGUACAAUUCGGAGACGUGCGCCCACAACCGGCUCAAGUGCUCGGCUUUCGCAGACUGUCGGGAUUACAGCAACGGGUACUGCUGCCACUGCAGGCCGGGUUUCUAUGGUAACGGGAAGGACUGCGUAGCUGAGGGCAAACCACAGAGAAUGAACGGCAAAGUGAGCGGCCGAGUCUUCGUGGGCAACUCGCCCUCCGCCGUCGAGCUCAGUAACAACGACCUGCACUCGUACAUGGUGGUGAACGACGGGCGGGCCUCCGUGGCCAUCAGCAACAUCCCCGACGCCCUGGGCCCCUCCAUGCUGCCGCUGACGCCCCUUGGCGGCGUGAUCGGCUGGGCCUUC